AUGGAUCUCACGUUGCAUCCUUCAAAUAGAUCACAGGGGAACCUUGGUCUCUUCGAGUCGGGAACGCCAGCUUUGAAAGUCAAUAAUCCCAAAAUCAGUCAUGAAAAUGAGGUCAUAAUUGAAACCAUUGAACAAGCCGAACAACAGACUCCGGCUAAAUCCCAAAGAAGAUCAAGGAUUUGGAGGAGAAUAAGAACAUCAUCCCCCGAAAGCUCAAUCCCACAAACUCAACGCAUGCUUCAGUCACUUGCAAAUAUUACUCCCGUCUCUCACUUUAAGAAUACUUUCACUCAUUCUAUAAAAAUUCUACAGCCUCGGUUUCCCCGUUUUCCCGAUCUACCAACAGAAAUUCGCCUACUAAUAUGGGAAUAUGCCUUUGUUCCUCGAGUCCAUGAGCUUCAUCCUUGCGCUAAGCUCUACAAUGAAAAAAUGACCUUUCGAUCCAACAGUUCUCGCACUCCUUCUAUCUUCCAUGUCUGUCGAGAGAGCCGAGAGGUAGCUCUUCAGAAAUAUAGUUUAAUGUCAUACGAACCUCGCGCAAUUGGAUCAUCUGGCAAAGGUAUCUUACGAUUCUAUUUCAGCCCAGAAUUAGAUACUCUAUUUUUGAAUAGUCUAAUGGGACUUUUUAUAAUAUUUAUGCUUCUAGAAGACCAAGAUGAAUAUGUUGAAGUUGGAGUCAUGAAAGGAUGGCAAAAUAUCGCCUUUGAUGCCGAAAGAGUACAACUUAUUUCCUUAUUAGCUGGGAUCGCUGGCCACGCUCCUCAACCAAGACUUAAAGCAGUUUUUCCCUCGCUCAGAGACUUUACUAUAGCAUUCGACUAUUCUACUAGGGGAAAAAUACGUUUUAGAACUUCUGUAUGGCCUGGAGAAGACGGGACAAGUUUGCAGGAUGUUAUUCUACUUCGGCCACUCAAGACGGGUCAAGUUCUUGCCAAUGACUAUGGGAAUGAAAUGGUUGAGCGACUAAAUACACUCCUCAGGCCAAUAAGAAAUUAUCUGGAUCAUGAUUUUAAGGAUGAACCAAACAAUGUGCCAACAGUAAAUCUAGCAAAAGUAAAUCGAAAAAAUUUUCUGAGAGGUGAUGUACGCUAUGCUUUUCGGAAGACAUGUACUUUUUUUGGUGUUAGGCCUAGAGGACCUUUUCGAAGGUUAUAA